AUGGAAUGGGAAGAGCGAUGGAGGAGAGAAAAGGAAACCAGGAAAAGAAUCAUUGAAAGAGGUGGAGUGGAGGUUGAGGAGGACAGUCGGGAACUGAGGAGAAUUGUUGCUUUUAAUGACUCAAGAAUGGGCCUGAAAAGUGGGGUCCCUGAGAGUGAAGGGUCAGUGCUGAAGACGACUAACGCUGAUGAGGGCGGCACUUCGGUGCAUGACAGAUUCGGAGGGGAAGAACGUAACGUCCACACAUGCCGCAGCAAAACCUUUCCCGCUGAGUUUUCUGCAGCUCUGAAAGAAUUCCGGGAUUCGAAUCAUCUCACAGAUCUGACUCUGACAGCUGAGGAUGGGAGCAGCUUCCAUGUUCACUCUGUUAUCCUGGCUGCUAUCAGCGCAUUUAUUCUGGAGAGAGUAAGGGAAAAACGCUUCAUCAGCGACGGUCAGGGGGCUGGCGCCCACAGGUGGGCAGUACACCUUGGUGCAGAGGUUGACUUUGCUGGGCUCCAAGCUGUCAUUGAGUUUGCUUACACUGGCGCUGUGUCAUCUUUACAAAAUCACACCGCGGCUAAAAUCAUGGCAGCAGCUCAAAUCCUGGAGGUCCCACGACUGGUGGAUCUCUGCAACAAAGAACAUAGGCUAAAGGAGGGUAAAUCUCUCGAGCAAGAGCAGAUGAAAACAUCCUCACAAGAACAAAUGAGCAUCACUCUGCAGUCAGUUGAACAGCUGUGGGUAGACAAAGUUGGAUGUGAUGUCAUUUUGGAAGUGGAUGGAUCUUUUAUAAAUGUCCACAGGGUUAUCAUGGCAGCGAGCAAUGACUUCUUCCGUGGAAUGUUUACAUGUGGAAUGAGGGAAUCUCAACAGAACCGUGUUGCACUUCCCUUCCUGCCUGCACCCGAAAUGGAGACCCUCGUUGGCUUCUCCUACAGGGGGAAACUACAACUCAGCUGGGACAAUGUUUUUGAGAUAACUUGCAUGGCCCUCCAGCUUCAGUUCCGAUCUGCUCUCAUGCUGUGCCUCACUUUCAUGCAAGAAGAAAUGCAAGCUAGUUCUUGCCUGGAUGUGGCGUCUUUUGCUGAAGCCUACGGAAUGCCAGAGCUCCUAGAGGAAGCCAAUGACUUUAACUUGCUGUGUUUCGAGCUGUAA